AUGAGGGCGGUCUUAAUUGUGUUGCUGGCAGCGGUGGCUGCCGGCCAGGAAUUACAGCGAACGCAGUACACCACGGCUGUGAGACUGGCCUCCCCGGGAUUCUUCUCUUACUCUUCUGGCUCUGCUAACCGAUUCCAGGGCAAUUCCUUUUCUGUUGGAAAUUUCAACAGCCAAUUCCAAGGAAACGCUCUUCAAAAUAAUCAAGGCCUUUCCUCUGGGAGCAGUUCUGGCUCAUUCCAGAACAGUCAGAGAGGAAGCUUUAGGUCAAGUCCUCUGAUUGGAAGUAGCAGCCCAUCUGGUUCUCUCUCAAGUCAAGCCGGAAACCAGUUUGGCGUUUCUGGAGGAAGAUUCAGUUUUUUCCAAACCCAAGGAAAUAAAUUCCAAUCAGGCAGCAGCAACCAAAAUUCAGGAGGGCGCUUCCAGUUUGGUUCACCUAUUAGUCCUGCUGUUAAACUUGCUGGUUCUGAUUCAGGAAAUGGCUUCAGUCAGCCGGGAUCAUUCCAAAACCAAGGACAACAAAAAGCACAACAGGUUUCCGUCAAACUUGCAGGAUCAUCAUUCCAAAGCAGCUCCUUCCAGAAUAAUCAAGGUGGCACAGGCAUCCCAGGAAGUGCUGGCAGCGCUGUCAGACUUGGAGGCAGCCAGAGAGGUACUAGCAGCGUGUUCAGAGCUGGAGGAAGCCAAGUAGGUGGAAGUACAUUUGCAGCUGGAGGAAACCAAGGAGGUGCAAUUGGAGGCCGCCAACAAAGUUCUGGCAGUCCAUUCACAGCAGGAGCUGGAAGUAGUCAGGGAAGUACUGGUAGUGCAUUUGGAGCUGGAACCAGCCAAAGAGGAACUGGCAGUGGAUUUGGAGUAGGACAGCAGGGAGGUACUGGUAGCACAUUCCAAGCAGGAGCUGGAGGCAGCCGAGGAAGUGCUGGCAGUGGAUUUGGAACAGGUACAAGAGGCCAGCAAGGUGCAGGCAGCAGAUUCGGUGCCGGAGGCAGCCAAGGAGGUGCUGGCAGUGGAUUUGGAUCUGGAACUGGAGGCCAAGGAGGUGCAGGCAGCAGAUUCGGUGUCGGAGGCAGCCAAGGAGGUGCUAGUAGUGGAUUUGGAUCUGGAACUGGAGGCCAAGGAGGUGCAGGCAGCAGAUUCGGUGCCGGAGGCAGCCAAGGAGGUGCUGGCAGUGGAUUUGGAUCUGGAGCUGGAGGCCAAGGAGGUGCAGGCAGCAGAUUCGGUGUCGGAGGCAGCCAAGGAGGAACUGGCAGUGGAUUUGGAUCAGGGGCAGGAGGCCAGCAAAGUGCAGGCAGCAGAUUCGGUGCUGGAGGUAGCCAAGGAGGUGCUGGCAGUGGAUUUGGAUCAGGGGCUGGAGGCCAGCAAGGUGCAGGCAGCAGAUUCGGUGCUGGAGGUAGCCAAGGAGGUGCUGGCAGUGGAUUUGGAUCAGGGGCUGGAGGCCAGCAAGGUGCAGGCAGCAGAUUCGGAGCUGGAGGCAACCAGGGAGGUGAUGGAUUUGGAGUAGGAACUGGGGGUCAACAAGGUGCUGGCAGUGGAUUCGGUGCUGGAGGAAGCCAAGGAGGUGCAGGAGGAAGCCGAGGAGGAGCUGGCAGUGGGUUCGGAGUAGGAGCUGGAGGCCAACAAGGAUCAGGCAGUAGAUUUGGAGCAGGAACCAACCAAGGAGGAACUGGUAGUGGAUUUGGAGCAAGUACUGGUGCCGGCAGUAGAUUUGGAGCAGGAGGCAACCAAGGAGGUGCUGGAGGAAGUCGAGGAGGUGCUGGAUCAGGGUUUGGAUCAGGGGCUGGAAGCCAAGGUGCAGGCAGUAGAUUCGGUGCUGGAGGAAGCCAAGGAGGUGCAGGAGGCAGUCGAGGAGGUGCUGGCAGCGGGUUUGGAGCAGGAGCUAGUGGCCAACAAGGUGCAGGAAGCAGAUUUGGUGCUGGAGGCAGCCUGGGAGGUACUGGCAGUGGGUUUGGGUCAGGAGCUGGCGGCCAACAAGGUACUGGAAGCAGCCGAGGAGGUGCAGGCAGCAAAUUCGGUGCUGGAAGCAGCCAAGGAGGUGUAGGCAGUGGGUUCGGCGCUGGAGGCAGACAGAUAGGAGCAGGUAGUGCAUUCGGAGCAGGAGCUGGAAGCCAGCAAGGUGUUAGCGGUAGAUUCAGAGCUGGAGGUGGCCAAGGAGGUACUGGCAGCAGAUUCGGAGUUGGAAUCAUCCAAGGAGGUGCUGGCAGUGGAUUCGGAGCUGGUGAUGCUGUUGGUUCAUUCCUGAGUAAUCUUGGGAAUGCAGGGUCUUUUUCAGGCUUGGAAGACCUACAGUAUGUAGAUGGAUUCUUUGAGCCCCUGAACCUCCCAGCAGGAGCCACUGCUUUAUUAGGAGACAUAUCAACUUCCUUCUCCUGUGCUGAACGUCCUUAUGGUUACUAUGCUGACCAGGACAACUCCUGCAGUAUCUUCCAUAUCUGCUAUCCUGCACUCUUCUCCAAUGGUGCCAUUGAAACUUAUCAAUACAGCUUAAUGUGUGGUGAGGGCUCCGUUUUCGACCAGAAACAGCUGACUUGCAUAGAACCAUCAGAAGCUAUCCCAUGCCAGGAAUCUUCUAACUUCUUGUAUGUAAAUGAACAAUUUGGCCGCCCUGAAGAAAAGGAAUGGUCACUGGCCAAAGGUUACACAGCACUAUGGCAAAGUAUUGGGGCGAAAAAGAGUAAGUAUGAGGACCUGUGGCGUCUCAUGGAAAUAAAAUCAACAGAAGGCCUGCGUGACUGCAAAUUUAACACAACAGCCUGA